AUGAAGCUGUCUUUAAUACCUGCCGUGGUGGCGGAGUACGCGAUUAUACGACUCGCAAAUGACGCUGGUUUGACGCAAAUAGACAUAUGCACGUCUUUCGCAAGAUCGUUCGGGUUUUCUGAAGAGCUUCCCGAGACGCCCACGGGAAACAACUUCAUUCAUUUCUCCGACAAAUACUCCCUCGGUCAGAAUGCGUUUUGUAAUGGUUCCGAGGCUACAGCCGAAGCUGGUACAGCCACACUUGUCGAAAGAGGAAUGUGCUCAUUCCAGGACAAAUCCAGUAAUGCGAAAGAGUCCGCUGGCGGCUCUUUAUACGGCCUUAUCAGCGUAAACAACGAUACGACGCCCUUAUCUGCGCCAGGUAACACUUCGAACGCGGAUCACCUUGGUAUGUUCGUUGCUACUCUUUCAAAUUCAAGUUACCGGAAAAUACACGAGUUGGUUGCUGAUGGAAGUCUUGUGAAAGGACUUUUGUAUGCACCGGCGCACAAACUGGUCGACUGGACUCUGCUGCCCAUGUUUCUCAUCGCUCUCACUUCUGUCACUCUCGGCGGCUGGCUCAGUGGAUCAGGUACUCGCAACGCUCCAAUUUUAGCUGCAGAGCAGUCCGGUCCGCCCUCGCGUACGACUAUAGACUCGCAGUCAGAUCGACCACAAUUAGCACGCACAAGUUCGACGACUUCCGACGAAACAAGAAUCAUCCUGCCCGCUGAUGACGAAGAGAAAGAUCAAUUCACUGCCCGUCAAAGUUUAGUCGCUGUUCUUCUCGCAAGUUGCUCCCUUCUAGGAAUUUACUUUUUCUACGAUUACAUGGUUUGGUUCGCUAUCGCCAUUUUCACAAUAAGCGGCAGUUUCGCUGUUCUUUCAGUUCUGUACAAUCAAAUUUUACUCCGAUUCAAUUGCAGCCAUUCAUACAGAAUGCCUACCAAAGAUGUCCACUGGCGUUAUCUAGAUUGCAUUCCCAAGGCAAUAUGUCGAAGCGGUGCACCGUGGUCCCUUGUAUUCGCUAUCAUUGUUUCGAUGGGGCUUGGUAUCACCUGGGCCGUAUGUCGGCAUUAUCCUUGGUCUUGGAUUUUGCAGGAUAUCAUUGGCUUUUGCUUCUGCAUCGAGUGCGUUUCCGAAAUUCGAGUCUCCAAGGGAGCUAAUGUCUACCUUCUUCAAAUCGCCUUCUGUUUGUACGAUAUCUUCAUGGUAUACAUUACUCCUUUCUUCACGAAGAACGGCGAUUCCGUGAUGUUAGACGUUGCAACUGGCGGCGCUUCGAAUUCGGCUUCAAAAGAGAAGAUUCCCUUUUUAUUCCGUGUUCCGCACAUAGUUCCUUCUAUUUACGACGAUCUCUGUUCCGACGGGACGCGCGAGUCAAUGCUCGGCUAUGGCGACAUCAUUCUGCCAGGCGUUCUAGGCACUUACUGCGCGAUCUUUGAUCGGGCCAAUGGCUACACGAGGAUGCCGUUUUUCUGGACGUUUGUUGGAAGUUACGCACUUGGGUUGAUCUUCACUUUCCUUGCGCUGAUCAUUACAGAAUCCGGACAGCCUGCACUUGCUUUCAUCGUCCCUAGUACAUGCAUUGGCGUCGCUCUUGUUGGUUAUUGUCGCAAAGAAUUGAAGUCAUUCUGGGACGGUCCCAAAGUGAAGCAAAACCUCAGCUAA